AUGACCCCAUGAAGCAAGACUGACGAAGAUCCACUGUUUUACGACCGCAAGUGGCUCACAAACGGCCUAAGUCGCUGACGUCACGUGACGUCACUUGAAAAUAAAAAGUAACCGAAAAAUUCGGAAACCUCGCCUUCAUAUCAACCGCAACAAUGAGUGGGAGAGGCAAGGGAGGUAAGAAAAAGGACGAUAAGCCCCCUCCCGCUACGGGACCGGGCAGUAAAAUUAUCGCUCUUCCCGAGCCUCUGAGGAAAGGACACAUCAAGAGAAUCGGAGACACCAAGCGAGUCCAUCUACAGUUCGGUACCGCCAACAUGAAAUCUCUGCCUGUAGAGAUCUAUAACAACGAAGAACUUAGUGCGCUCACCGUCAAAUUCAACGCCGAAAACAACCGCCUUAAACGUCUACCCAAAUCAAUUUCGAUGCUAGAAAAUUUGGAAUCUAUAGAUAUACGAAACAACAACCUUUCCUCCUUCCCAGCAUCCGUAGCAAAACUCAAGAAAUUGACAAUCCUAGAUCUCACGAGCAACAGCAUUAAGAAACUACCAAAUCCCAUCCACAAAGCUACAGGACUAACUCGCCUGCUGGCGUCUAAAAAUAGAAUUCGGGCCCUCCCGAAAAACAUCGGGAAAUCCACGAGUUUAGAAUACAUCGACGUGUCCCACAACAUGAUCAAAUCCUUCAAGAAAGGCGUGUACGAGACCGGUGCUUUCAUCAACUUCAGCAACAACCGCAUCACGGAGAUGCCACCGGCCACAGUGAAGAAGCCGCACAUCAAGAGACUGGACCUGUCCCACAAUUCCGUGGCCUUCAUCCCGGACAGCAUUGACCGCUUGACCUGCCUGACGUGGCUUGACCUGUCGCACAACUCCCUGGACGAGCUUCCCGCCCAGAUCGGGAUGGUCAAGUACCUGCACUACCUGGACCUGUCCUUCAACUCCAUCAAAGCCCUCCCUGACGAGAUCUGCGCCCUGGGCUACGCCCUGGACACGCUGAAGCUCGCGCACAACGAGGUGGCCCUGCUUCCGGACGACCUUGACCGACUGAAGAAGCUGCGUGUCCUUGACCUUUCCGAUAACCAGGUGGAGUACAUGCCCACGUCCGUCAACAACCUGGCGUGUAUCGAGGAGAUCCUGGUGUCCGGGAACCGCCUCAACUCCAUGAAGUUCGCCGUCACUCUCAAGGGCCUUGUGACCUUGGACGUGUCCAACAACCGUGUGGAGGUCAUCCCCGAGGAGAUUUACAAGAUGAGGGCUUUGGUCAACCUUGACCUUUCCAAGAACUCCAUCAAGGAGAUCCCACACACUCUCGGUCCGCUCCCUCAACGUCGCGUCCAAUCAGCUGAACGAACUGCUGCUGCCAAAGACCUUGACCCAUCUGUACAUCUCAAACAACCCUCUGACCUUGAACUUCAUGGACCACAAGUCACUAUUCCACGUCAUGGGAGACAAAGACCACAUACAUAACCUGACUCACCUGGAAUUGUGCAUGCUGGGACUGGACGAGUUACCUCCCGCGCUCUUCAACUGUCGCCUGCUCAAGGUUCUCAACCUCUCUGACAACAACCUGCAGACACUGUCCGAUCAGAUGUGUAAGAUGCGCGCCCUGGAGUACUUGGACGUGAGCCGGAACAACCUCACUGACCUCCCCGGUGACCUCAGCCAGCUGCAUAAUUUACGCUCUAUAAAAGUCACCAACAACGACAUCAAAGAGUUCUUGCCGUGUGUGUGUGUGU